AUGGGAAUUAUUACAUUCUACUUAACAGGACAAUUAUUAUAUUUUAUCAAAAGGAAAAGUUUUAGUUUCGCUAUGGAAAAAAAUUCAGUUUCAAAUUCGAUUGUUAAUAAUGGACCAGUUUCCAUUUUUGCAUAUUGUUUAUCAUCUAUUUUGAUGACGGUUACUAAUAAAUAUGUACUUUCAGGUUUUUCGUUUAAUUUAAAUUUUUUAUUAUUAGCUGUUCAAUCAAUUGUUUGUAUUGUAACUAUUGGAUCAUUGAAAAGUUUAAAUAUUAUUAAUUAUAGACAAUUUAAUAAAGAUGAAGCUAAAAAAUGGUCUCCAAUUGCUUUUUUAUUAGUUGCAAUGAUUUAUACUUCUUCAAAAGCUUUACAAUAUUUAAGUAUUCCAGUUUAUACAAUUUUUAAAAAUUUAACUAUUAUUUUAAUUGCUUAUGGAGAAGUUAUAUGGUUUGGUGGUAAAGUUACAACAAUGGCUUUAUCUUCAUUUUUAUUAAUGGUUUUAUCUUCAGUUAUUGCUUAUUAUGGUGAUAAUGCUGCUGCUAAAUCAAGUGAUGAUUUGUUUUCAUUAUAUUUGGGUUAUUUUUGGAUGUUUACAAAUUGUUUUGCAUCUGCUGCUUUUGUUUUAAUUAUGAGAAAAAGAAUUAAAUUAACAAAUUUUAAAGAUUUUGAUACAAUGUAUUAUAAUAAUUUAUUAUCAAUUCCAAUUUUAUUACUAUUUACAUUUCUAUUUGAAGAUUGGUCAAGUGAAAAUAUUUUGAAAAAUUUCCCUGCUGAUAAUAGAGCUGUUACUAUAGCUGCAAUGAUUUUAUCUGGUGCAUCAUCUGUUGGUAUUUCUUAUUGUUCAGCAUGGUGUGUUAGAGUUACAUCUUCAACUACAUAUUCAAUGGUUGGUGCAUUAAAUAAAUUACCAAUUGCAUUAUCUGGUUUAAUAUUUUUUGAUGCUGCUGUUAAUUUUUGGUCAGUUUCAUCAAUAUUUGUUGGUUUUAUUGCUGGUUUAGUAUAUGCUGUUGCAAAACAAAAACAACAAAAGGAUACACAACAACAAUUACCAACUACAAAUAAAUAA